AUUUUCCAUGCUGAGCCUGGAAUUUGACUACAUGUGCCAGUAUGACUACGUGGAGGUCCGGGAUGGAGACAAUUUGGACAGCCCAAUAAUUAAGAAAUUCUGUGGCAACGAGAGGCCACCUCCCAUCCGAAGCACUGGCUCUUCACUCCAUGUCCUUUUCCAGUCUGAUGGAUCCAAGAACUUUGAUGGAUUUCAUGCUGUCUUUGAAGAAAUCACAGCUUGUUCUUCAUCCCCAUGCCUUCACGAUGGAACGUGCAUUCUGGACCAGAGUGGCACCUACAGAUGUGCCUGUCUGGCUGGCUACACGGGGAGCCGCUGUGAGAACUUGGUGAUGUGUAGGACUCCAGGUGCUCCCGCUCAUGGUAUUGUGGAAGGAGAUGACUUUAAAUACGGGGCCCAGGUUUCCUUCAAGUGCAACGCAGGUUACAGCUUAAAAGGCAGCCGUGUUGCCUCCUGCCAGCUUGAUGGGAUUUGGUCAGCACAGCAUCCUGAAUGUGUUCUAGAUGAAAAAACCUGCUCAGAUCCUGGUGGGCCACUCAAUGGCUACAGAAGAGUGGUAGAAGACACUGGGCUCUUGAAUGGACGCCAUGCAAAAAUUGGCACAGUCAUUGCUUUCUUUUGUAACAACUCCUAUGUUCUUAGUGGGAAUGAACAGAGGACCUGCCAAGACAAUGGAGAAUGGUCAGGGAAGCAGCCAAUCUGCAUAAAAGCCUGCAGAGAGCCAAAGAUCUCUGACCUGGUGAGACAGAAAGUGCUUCCAAUGCAGGUUCAGUCAAGGGAAACCCCUUUGCACCAGCUUUACUCAGCCACCUUCAGCAAGCAAAAGCUUGAGAUCUACCCAACCAAAAAGCCAGCACUGCCCUUUGGGGACCUGCCCCCGGGGUACCAGCACCUGCACACUCAGCUCCAGUACGAGUGCAUCUCCCCCUUCUACCGCCGCCUGGGCAGCAGCAGGAGGACCUGUCUGAAGACAGGAAAGUGGAGUGGAAGAGCCCCUGUCUGUAUUCCCAUCUGUGGCAAAGCAGAGAACAUCACCCUUCAGAAGCCGGUGACCUCCAGCAGGUGGCCCUGGCAAGCAGCGAUCUACCGGACAGCCAGCAGGGUGAAGGAGAACGGUCUCCGGAAAGGGACCUGGAUCCUCAUCUGCAGCGGGGCCCUGGUGAACGAGCGCACCGUGGUGGUGGCAGCUCACUGCGUCACCCACCUGGGCAAGACCAUCGUGCUCAAGACAGCCGAGCUCAAGGUGGUUUUGGGGAAAUUCUACAGGGAUGACGACAGGGAUGAAAAGAGCAUCCAGAACCUAAGGAUUUCUGCCAUCAUAGUGCAUCCCAACUACGACCCCAUAUUACUCGAUUCUGACAUAGCUAUCAUCAAACUCCUGGACAAAGCCAGAAUCAGCAGUCGUGUCCAACCCAUUUGCUUGUCAUCUUCUCAAGACUUGACUUCCUCCACGGAGGAUUUAAAAAUAAUGGUUACUGGCUGGAAGAUAUUGGCUGACCUGAAAGAUCCUGGGUACAAGAACGACACGAUCCGCAUGGGAGCCGUUCGGAUGGUGGAUUCACUCUUGUGUGAGCAGCAGUAUGAGGAGAGUGGGAUACAGGUCAGCAUCACUGACAACAUGUUCUGUGCCAAACAAGACCCCACAGCCUUUUCUAACAUCUGCCCUGCUGAGACUGGUGGGAUUGCAGCCAUAACUUUGCCAGGAAAAGCAUCUCCUGAGCUAAGGUGGCACCUGAUGGGAUUAGUGAGCUGGGGUUACGAUAAAACUUGCAGCCUAGAACUCUACAGUGGCUACACCAAAGCUCUUCCCUUCAAAGACUGGAUUGAGAAGAACCUAAAAUAAAAAAAAAAAGCUGUGUCUGGAAAGGGCGUUUUGUAAUUAUCAUCAUAUCUCUCUCAGUCUCUGCUGCUUUAGGCUUUUCAUCCCAGGGGUGAGCCCCAUCUGGGAUAAGGUUAAGGCAGAUAGCCUGGUAAUUGGUCCUGGGAUCAGAUGUUCCAUCAGGCUGCUUUCACCCACCCCAUGGCAGAGGCUCUUAGUGCAUGAGAAGUCCUGACAUAUUUCACCUGCCUCCCCUGGUGGGAGG